AUGGCAAGCAUCAGACAGCAGAAAUGGGAUUGGGCAGCUCAUUUGCCUCGGAUGAUCGAGCUUUACAACAGCCAGACUUCAAUUCCAGAUAUACACAAAGCUAUUCAGUGUGAUGGCUUUGAGCCAUGUCAGCGAUCUGUUUAUCUCAAGUUCAAGCAAAUGGGAUAUCCCACUGAUCCUGUUGGACGGACAAAGUUCCUCGACUCACGAUACACCUCCGAUGUUCCAGCGGAAGUCGAUACAUCAUCUAGUGUGUGGAUGAAGGCUCAAUCUCCACCAUUCGAUACCAACCACUUUUUGGAUAGUGGCCUACACUCCCCAUUCAACAAUUCUACCUUCAGUGAUGCCGGAGCUUCUUGGAGUCAUGGUUAUGAUAUGAGUACGCCCAGCUCUGAACAAUUCUUUGAAUCAGGAGAUAUCCUUGGCGGAACACAGUUGAGAGACGAGCAGGCGGUAGCAGACAACAAUUUUGGCGAUGCUUCUGCUGGUAUUUCAUCUUUGAGAACGAACCUAUCGCCUGGACUGGUCUUCCCCUCAUGGCUGUCCAAUGGCAACGGCCUUGAUGUACCUACAAACACUACCGACCAUGCGUUUCAAUAUCCCGACCAAAGUAUGGAGCUCAAUGGUGCCUCAUAUUUUGGCAUUGAGACGGAUUCCGGGCUUCCCUCUUCUCUGCCCGAGCAAUCGUCUAUGCAAAAUUUGCCUGCUCUAAAUCCGAGCUCUGAAUAUUCCAGGAUCAAUACAGCUCAACCGAGACCGCUUUCUCCUAAUCCUUCAUUGAUGGAUCUUGACACAAACUCGGCGCCUUUUCAGUUCUCGGCUGCGAGCUCGGAUUCCUCCAAUUCUGUCAAACUUCCAUUUCAGAAGCUCAUCGGUGCAUCAAACACUGGUGCACGUAGCAAGAUCCGAUCAUUGUUCAGACCAAAAUCCAGCGCUUCAAACCGGGGUCGAAAACGCUAUGCUGUUUCACAAUUCACCAACUCCACAGAGGAUUCGGGGUAUGCAAGUGGGCAUGCGUCUUCGCUGACCUUGGAAGAAGUCAGGCGGAUCAAUUCGCAGUCCUUAGACGAAUUUAAUGGACUGUAUCGGGUCGCCUGUCAGGUCUUACACGAGCCUCAAGCGAAGUCUCAGUGCAAAGACAUCCCAACAUGCACCUCAUGUCAUUACUCCGGAAUUCAUAACCUCGGUUGGUCAGCAAGAUAUUUGAAGCUCGAAGUCUUCUUGAGCGAGCUCAGGCUGGAGGGUGUUUACAACUUUGGGGCUUUGGACGCAGCAGGCAACACAGCGCUACAUUAUGCCGCUGCUGGUGGUGCUAGCUUCCUGCAUUUGAAGGCGCUGAUAGAUGUUGGCGUGGAUCCCUACUUAGCCAAUUCCGCUGGAGAACUUUUUAUCUACUGCUUGAGACCGCUUCAACCGUUCACGCUUGAGCCGAACUCCGAUUGCUUGAGAGGAGAUGACCUUAUCAAGCUCCUUGGAUUGCUGCAUCUUGAAAGAGUCUCGGAUUGGAGAGACAAUGACGGACAGACCGUGAUGCACGCAUUGGCACUGAAGAUCUCCGAGCCAGAUCUCAAAACAAAGAUUUUCGAUAUUCUUAGAUACUCUGGAUUUUCUUCCACGGUACUGGAUCGUUUUGGGAGAUCUCCCGAGCAAGUCUUUCCCCUGACCUACGACUCUCAUGGUCAAGUCAUUGAUCCAGUCCCGACCAAUUCACUCCAUCAGAUCAAAGAAGUGCCUGAGGAUUCUGAAGAAAACGGAGAAGCGAUGACUUGUGGAGCAAUCAUCGUCGCUGAAUUUAGACUGGAAAGGAUUAAGCAAAAUAAGGCUCAGACUGUCGUCGUCAAAGCACGCCACCAACCGUCUUAUAUUGAUACCGAGAGUGGUGAAAAUGUACUUCACGCGCUCUCUAGGAUUGUUUCCAGCAGUAAAGUCCUCUCCACUAUCGACCAUUUGAGGUCAAACCGAUCUACCCAGGACAGACCAAACCGUGAGGGCAACUACAUGCUCUUGAAUCUGGAAUACUUCAUCGCAAAGGGGGUUGACCUGAAUGCUCACAACCGCGAGGGUAGUCACCCAUUGAAAUCUUUCAUCUGCGACCGCCCAUGGGAUGAGCAUGAAACAGGAGCAACAAUGUCAAAAUACCUAGACAUGAUCCUGUGGAAAGACCAAAGCUCCCGCACUAAGAAUAAAGUCAACGUGGACAUGAAAGACCGAGAAGGACUCACAGCUCUGUAUCAUGCUGCUGUUCGUGGCCGGCCUGACUCUGUGCGAAGUCUCAUCGAGGCUGGCGCCAAUGUCAACGCAUAUUCAAUAUAUGAUAAGAGCAUUCUACAUGCUACCUACAAUGCACUUGACGACGCGGUCAAGCAAACCGAUAGUGUACUGGUACAUCUUCUCAGGGAGGUCAUUUCACAUCUGGAGCAUGCAGGAGCUGUCCAGAAUCCAACGUCACUGCAGGAACGGGGUACUAGGAAGGUUUGA